GACCGUUAGUGACGCCAGAGCCAGAAGGAAGGCGCGUGCUGCUCUGCGGGGUCGUCUCCCUGUUUAAAACAUUAACACAUUCACAAGAGCAAUCUCACGGACGGUGGUUCAAUCAGUAACGAUGGCUGAAGGAGACAACAAAAGCGCAAACAUGCUCGCUCAGGAAACGGCCCAGCUGGAGGAGCAGCUGCAGGGCUGGGGUGAAGUGAUCCUGGCGGGGGAUCGCGUCAUGCGCUGGGAGAAGCCUUGGUUCCCAGGAGCCCUGAUGGUUGCCACUACCGUGCUCUUCCUGAUGAUUUACUACCUGGACCCGUCAGUGCUGACUGGAAUCUCCUGCGCUGUCAUGCUGCUCUGCCUAGCAGACUACCUGGUGCCCACCCUCGCACCCAGAGUCUUCGGUGCCAAUAAGUGGACCAGCGAGCAGCAGCAGCGUUUCCACGAGAUCUGCGGUAACCUGGUGAAGACCCAGCAUCGCAUCGUGGGCUGGUGGAAGCGUCUCGGCACCCUCAAGGAGGAGAAACCUAAAAUGUACUUUGCCUCAGUGAUCAGCAUCUUGCUGGGAGUCGCCUGGAUCGGACAGCAGGUGCACAACCUGCUCCUCACCUACCUGAUUGUGAGCUUCCUGCUGCUGCUGCCCGGCAUGAACCAGCACGGCGUCAUCACAAAGUACUUCUCCAUGGCCAAGAGGGAGAUCAACAAACUGCUCAAACAGAAGGAGAAGAAGAACGAGUAGACGGAAGUGUGGAGGGGAAUGUCUGAAAGAUGAACCGCGACACAAAAUGGAAGGUGGAAGAAAGUUGUUUGAAGAGGAGAGCCGAAAAGAAACCGCGCCCCCUGCUCCCUCAGUCUCUGCCACAGAGCAAGACACUGAUUUUUUUAUUUUCACACAUUGGAUAAGUUUCAUUUCUCUCACACCUUUUUUUUGACAUGUGAAUCUCAUCACCCACUUUUUGUGUUUUGAGUUUAUCUGCCAUGCAUGCAGCCACCACAUGAAGGUUAUGAUGUCACACGUUCAUACGCAGCACUGAAAUGCAUCACACACACACACACACUCUCCCCUGCCAUGUACACGCGGUGGAAAUGUCCCUUCUGUUUCUGAGUUUACGUGUGCUUCAUUUUAAGAUGUCAGUAAUGCUUUUAAGCCAUUCCCUCUACUUAGACAAAGUGACUACUGAGCAGUUUUUGUAGCAUUACUGCAUCAUUUUAACCCUCAUAGAGUCCUCGCAGUAUUUCUUUGUCACGCAAAGACUGUCGUGUACAUGUUCUGCCUUUUGUUGUAUUUAAAAAUAACGCUGAAAACAACUGGAUUUAAAGCUGAGCUCGUCAGGAUUUAUCGAUAGAAGCCUACUGCUGUACCGCUGGACUCUGGUCCAUUAGCUCUGUAACCCCCCCGGUGUGUAACUGUUGUGGGGGGUCUCUGUGUAAAUAGGCCUCGCCCUCACUGUCAGUCCUCUGUUAUUUAUCUGUGUUCUUCUUUCCUCCUCAAUCAUCGUCUCUGGUUUGAUUACUCUCGACUCAUUUCAUUAUUUUGUCUUUAUUGGAGUUCUUUACGAAAUAUGAAAUAAAGUUUGAUUUAAAUGAA